GUGCAUUGUGGGUAGGUCAGGAACAGAGCGGAGGACGCCAUGUGCCUUUGAGAGCAAGGGACCGACGAGGUUAGCGAGCUGUGUCGGUUAUACGAGUGCUUUACCUGAACGACGAAGCAGAAAACGGUUGUGUGAGCUCCACCGACAUGUACUGCACGUUGCAUUGUAUCCGGACCUCGCUGCGUGUGGCAGCGAAAACGCGUCGACGUCAUCUUCCAGUACCAGCACUGUGUGCCCUGAGGACACUUAAGACCAGCCCGGCAAGUUUAAGUGAUGCUAUAGCCACACCGCCUUUGGACGGAGCCCCCAAGCAGUAUUCUCCCAAAAUCCAGCAGCUGGUCAAUGACAUAUCCACUCUAACACUUUUAGAGGUGUCUGACCUCAAUGAGCUGCUUAAGAAAACCCUUAAUAUUCAGGAUAUGGGAAUGAUGCCAAUGGGGGCAAUGGUUGCAGCAACAUCUGAAACAGCAAGUCAGGCAGUGGAAGAGGAAGCAGUCCAAACAAAGAAACAGAAAACACAUUUCACAGUAAAACUGACUGAGCUAAAGGCAGAUGAUAAAGUCAAGCUUAUUAAAGAAGUGAAGAACUGUAUUCAGGGUUUGAAUCUCGUCCAGGCAAAGAAGCUUGUUGAGGCUUUGCCCCAGGAGAUCCGGGCAAACGUAUCCAAAGAGGAAGCAGAAAAACUGAAGACCGCACUAGAAGCAGCAGGGGGCACUGUGGUUCUGGAGUAGACACCAUCCCACUCGUUCAUCUUCAUUGACGUCUUUUUUUUAUAUAGCAAUGAUAAAGGGAGCAUUUGGCAGGAAAACGAAUGUCUUUAAACAUUACCACUCGAUCUACUCAGUUGGGUGUCAGAACUCUCAUACUGGUCUUGAGCAGGCUCCAGGCCUGCACAUGGUUACUUACACCCUGUUACUAUCCUGGCUGUCUGGCUAGUAUUCCUAACCGAGGAUGAGCUACGGAUGUGCCAGUUCAGACUUAGAGGUGCCCAUUUGCUCAUCUGUGUUGUAGAGAAUGGGGACAUGAGGAAAUGUGGUUCCAUUGCCUGUGGUUGAAUAAAUGUCAUGCAGUACUGUGCAA